UUCUCCGGCACCAUGCCGGAUUUCCGGUUUGUAGUGAUUGCCCGUGGAUUUAAAAAAAUAAUAAAUCGAAAAUAAAUUGACGGCAAUUAAAAAAAAAAAAAAAUGACCGUCGAAAUCCCUCUUGUGUUUGUCAGCCAAUGGUAGUAAAGGAGCGCUCUGAAACUGACAGUAUUAGCCAAUCAGAAGAAGAAUGGGGCGGGUCUAAGGAAAGCCUUUACCCCCUCCUCUCAUUUCUUCCUUGCUUCGAUGCGGUGCAGUGCUGAAGAUCGACACGGAAAGUCACCUCGCGCCGUUACGGCUCCAUUCAACGGAGAGAGGGAGAUGCAGGAUAAAGUCGUGAGUCCUGAGAAGGCAGAAGAAGCAAAGCUAAAGGCUAGAUAUCCUCAUCUGGGCACUAAGCCAGGAGGCUCAGACCUGCUGAGGAAAAGACUACAAAAAGGGCAAAAGUACUUCGACUCAGGAGAUUACAACAUGGCCAAGGCUAAAAUGAAGAAUAAACAGCUCCCAGCAGCUGCAACAGAGAAAACCGAGAUCACGGGCGAUCACAUCCCGACUCCUCAGGAUCUGCCACAAAGGAAAACCUCACUGGUGGCGAGCAAACUGGCUGUUUGAUAUAAACUUUGCAAGGACUUUCCUGUUCCCAUUCCUGAUGUUUUGAUCUCUGCUUUAUAUCUGUCUCUCAUUUUCCUUCUUCGUGUCCUUUUCCUUUCCUCACUUUCUAGUGCCUGUGUAAUUCCUCCGAAGAAAUGCUGUUUUGAUCAAGUGUUUGCUGCUGGGUGCCCUCGUUUACCUGUUCAUGUGUGGAAACGACGUUUUGGCUGUAGAAGUAGAUGUACUUGCAAUUUCUACUCCCACGUGUGAAUGCACUAUUAUCUGACUGAAACAAUUGAACAGAGACCUUUUUUAGGAUUUUACUAGUUUUACUCACUCCCUUCCGUGCAACGAUUCAGACAUUUACACUGACCUUUAACUAUAAUCCCUCUCAUUUGUUAUAACAGUUUCCAGGAAAACGCAGAAGGGGUGUUUUUUGUUUUUUUUGAGUGUGCUGCUUGCCUCCUGUGUGUGAUUGGUGAGACUUGCCUUAAUGAUAUCUGCUGCAGUUUCUCUUAGGCAAUAUUUGCCCACUUUGAGAGCAUUUGGGGUUUAGCCACAAGCUUGUGCCGAUGUGUUUUAGGUCUUCUGCUCGGGGCAGCUCAUUCAAAUUCUUCAAACUGUGUACAAGCACUGACUGUCACAACUGUGCCAUUUGUUUUGUAAAUAAACUAGUUUUGCACAAGAA